AUGGGAUCAUCAGCCUAUUCACCUUUGGAUCGGUUCAUCCGAGCAAACCCGCACAGGAAGGUUGGAAUCAGGAGGAGGAAUCACGAGAGGCAAUACAGUGCUGAAAAUGAGUCAGAAGUGCCUCAGUUGCGCUGGCUUUCUGUAAAAAUUAUAGGCAUGAGAAAUCUCCGCAAAGCAGAUCUGUGGAGCCAAACUGAUUGCUAUGUCAAGCUGCGGCUGCCAACAGCUUCAUGUCGGGAAGCCCAGACAAGAACUGUACACAACUGCAGAAACCCUGUCUGGAAUGAAACUUUCCACUUUGUGAUACAGAGUGAAGUAAAGAACAUCCUGGAGCUGACAGUCUGUGACAAGGAUACCUUUACACCAGAUGACCAUCUGAUGACUGUUCGCUUUGAUGUGGCUAAAAUCCAACCUGGAGAAAAAGUUCACCUGAAUUUUGAGUUGAAUGCAGAGAAUCAGGAAGAACUAGAAGUGGAAUUUCUACUGGAAAACAUACCAGGUGUAUCUGAGAAGAUCAUUACUAAUGGUGUACUAGUGUCUCGUGAAGUUUCCUGUUUGGAAGUACAUGUGAAUGAAACAAAAAUGAAGAGUUCUUACAAAAGGAGAGAUUUCACAUUCACAAUGAAAGGAUCCUAUGAAGAAACCCAGAAUAUUUCCAUAGGUCCUCACUCCAGACCAGGAAGCAGUGAAACCACCAGGUUCCACUACAUCAAGCACAGUCAACCCAGACUGCUCAUGACUCUGCCAAAGGAGCGUUUUUUCUGUUGUCCUGGCUCAAGUAGGAGGGAAAUGGAUGUAAGUAGUCCCCUGGCUGUGCCUCUCCAUUCUCUGGACUUGGGAAAGAAAGUGACAGUGAUGAGAGGGGAAUCUUAUGAGGUGUCUGUGAAUGAGGAAAAUAGUUGCAAGGAUUUAGAUUUGCGGCUGGGGUUUGAUCUGUGCGCAGAGGAGCAGGAUUUCAUCUGUAAAAGGAAGAAGGUGGUUGCAGCUGCUCUGAAAAAUCUUCUUCAUCUAGAUGGAGACCUGCAGGAGGAUGAGGUGCCAGUGGUGGCAGUCGUGACGGCAGCAGGGGGAGUGCGGUCCAUGACAGCUAUGUUUGGCAGUCUUCUGGCCCUCCAGGAGCUGGGUGUUUUGGACUGUGUGUCAUACAUCAGUGGUUUAUCUGCCACCACAUGGACCAUGUCAAAGUUAUAUGAAGAUGAAAAUUGGUCACAAAAGGAUCUCAGUGGGCCAAUUGAUGGUAUCAGGAAACACGUGAUCAAGAGCAAGCUGCACUGUUUCUCUCUGGAGCGUAUGAAAUACUAUGAAAAUAAGCUUUGUGAGAGAAAGCAAGAGGGGCACAAGGUGUCCUUUACAGAUUUAUGGGGACUCUUCAUUGAUUGUAUGCUACAUCAUCAGGAAAGUACUCACAGACUCUCAGAUCAGCAGCUAGCAGUAAAUCGGGGGCAGAAUCCACUCCCCAUAUACCUGUCCCUCAAUGUCAAAGAUGACUUUAGCACUUUGGAUUUUAAAGAGUGGGUGGAGUUCACACCUUACGAGGUGGGUCUCCUGAAAUAUGGAGCCUUUGUUCGUUCAGAGGAUUUUGGCAGUGAGUUCUUCAUGGGUCACCGGAUGAAGAAGAUCCCAGAAUCCCACAUCUGCUUCUUGGAAGGUGCAUGGAGCAAUAUAUUUUCCCAGAGUUUUAUGGAUGCUGUCUACCUCUCAGGUCAUUCAGAACAUUUCUGGCACAGAUGGACUCGAGACACUGUGCAUGACAUUGAGAACCAUCCUGCUCUGCCCAAGAAGCCUCAUGAACAGACAACCAACUUAUCCAUUCCCAAAGGUUACCUAUCCAAAACUCUUCGAGAAAUGAUGACUGGGCGGCCAGUGGUUUCAACUUACCAUAAUUUCCUCAAGGGUUUGCAGCUACAUAACAGAUAUUUGGAGAAUGAGAACUUUUGCAUGUGGAAAGACACAGUGCUGGAUUCUUCUCCCAACCAGCUGAAUGAAAUGAGUGACUACCUCAAGCUGAUAGAUACAGCUUUCUUCAUCAACACCAGCUGCCCACCCAUUCUGAGGCCAGAGAGAAAAGUGGAUGUCAUUCUCCAUUUAAAUUACAGUGGAGGUUCACAGACCCUGCCACUGGACCUAUUCUCAGAGUACUGUUUGGAGCAUGGGAUCCCAUUCCCCCGCACAGAGCUGAGCCAGGAAGACCGGGAACACCUGAAGGAAUGCUAUGUGUUUGAGGAGAGCUUAGAGGCACCAAUCUUGGCCUAUUUUCCACUGGUGUGUGAUACCUUCCAAAAAUACAAGGCACCGAAUGUGGAGCGCAGUCCCGCAGAGAUGGAGCAGGGAAGAGUGGACGUGUCCAACUGUGCUGCUCCCUAUGGCACUGGCCUGCUUACAUACACUGAAGAGAAUUUCAACAAGCUGCUUAACCUGUGCAGCUACAACAUCCUGAAUAAUAAACACUUAAUUCUCCAGGCUUUGCGAACUGCAGUGGAACGAAAGAAGCGAUUUAAAAACUGUUCAUCGCCUAAUUCAAGUAAACAUUCUUAAGGUGUAUUUUAAAAAACCUCAUCAGGAGGAAGUACACAAAUGUUUUGGUACUGGACUAAUAAAUAUUCACCUUCUGCAAGCUCACAGAUGUUUGUGAUGGCAAAAGAAUUGUGACAAUUUCUGCAACAGUGAGAUGGUUGGUGUGUAGCUGCUGCUACAGUUUUAUUCACACUGCCAUGCAAGCAACAGACAGGGUAGUGUUCAUGAGAUUCUCAAACUUGUCGUAGAAAAAUGGUGUCUAAAGAAAAUAUAUUUAACUGGUCAUUCUUAGAUCUUAUUUUCUUAUUAUUGUAUGCAAAAAUAUAUAUGCAGAGCAGUAGUUACUGUUCAAAUACUAAGUAGCUAUGCAUAAUCUUAUUAAAAAUAAGAAUUUUAUAGUUGAAGUCAUUGAAGUAUGGGGCUUUUAUUAAGUUCUAUGGACUCAGCUAGCGAGUUAUUCUGAGAAAACGUUAUUCUUGCUUUUGAUGCCAAGGAAUCAAAUAUUGAAUGAACAAUCAGUUUUGUUAAUAACCUUUGAGGAAAGAUGAAAGAAAAGCUGUCACUACAACUGUGGAAGAUGAAAAAUGAAAAACUCUGCUUUCAAGAGUGCAGAUGACUGGAAUGAUAAUUUAGGAGAUAACAUUAUUUGUUGUUACCCCUCAAACAGUCCUUUUCUGUGCAUCAGUUCAUUUAACAGGAGAUAACACCAGCAGCAUCUGCCAAGCUUUGCUGCUGAAUCAAACCAGUAAGUCUGCCUUCAUGAGAGGAAACUGCUGGCAGUAACCUUCGCAUCUCCUUUUCAUGGAUCUAAAGUGGUCAAGUCCAACAACUUUUCCUUUUCCUCAGUUACUGAUACGUCUUUGUUUCACUAGCCCUCUUAUGCAGAAAGCCAGUUUUUCACCUCCUUUCCUUGUCCUUGGUUAGGAUAAUUUGAUGGUAUGUGUGACCAAUAAGUCUGCAAUAGUUUUCUGUGAGUAAAGAAGAAAAGGAAGAUGUCACUGAUAGCUCAGUAACGCUCAUGAGUUUAUUUUUAAACAAUAAUGAAAUGGGGGGUUAAAAAUGUGAUUCUUUUCUUUUGCAAAGCAUAUCUUAGAGUAUUUUAAAGAUUUUCAAGUUUCAUUAUUAGAGCUCCAGGAAGAAUGAAUAUAAGCAGUUCAGUGUGUGCCUGGUGCAUUCCACCCACUGGUUUUUGGUGGUUGCAACACUUGGCGCUGGGCCUUCAGCUGUACUCACCCAAGGUGUGGUGAUGAUGUGUGCUUUUGGCAGCUGAUCUGGAAAAUUAGGAUGGCUUAGAAUGAGUUGAGGAAGUUUUCAGAAGCCUGGGCCUAUUUAGCACUGAAAAAUCUUAGGUUGCCCAAAUGGUCUAGCUUAGCAGCUCAGUCAGACAGAUGCUGCUGUUUGUGUUAGGAUCUGGCUCCAAGCAUAUAACACUGCUUGAGACUAAUAUUUUAGCUGGGGGAGCCAAGCUUUAUGGUCCUGAAUUGAUGGCUUGUGAGUUUUCUCCAAAAUGGUCUAAUUUUGUUUCUCAUUUGGGGAAGGAAAGGCUUCUUCUGUUAAAGACCAUUGAUGAUGUUCACAUUACAGUGAUGCUUCAGAAUCUUGCCUGUGAUGUGAUGGUGUAAGACAGAAUAAAAGAACAGGAGAAGAGAUGUUUGAGUGGCUUGCCAACUAACAAUCAAAAAUAACAAAGGAGACACAUUCAUUAUUAGUGGUGGCACUUUUUAAGGAUAGAGCUGAAGCUCAGGCUCCCCGAUGUAUCAGCAGGAUUUUCCAAAGUGAUUCAGCAUUGAUGGAAUUGUUCUGUUUUAAGACCCAGGUAGCUUAGCAGCAAUUACUGUUUUGUUUUUGAAAACACCUGUUUGUGACCUGUCACACAAGCUCUGCUGAAUGUAAUUUCAUGAUCCUGGAAACAAUUAGCUGUGAAUCUUUGCAGGCUCUAUUAGGGCUCAAACAUCUCUCAGGCUGACUGCAGAUGAAGUUACCCCCUUCCCCUUAAUUAGCUGGUAAUAUGAGGUGACUUCCUGAUAUUCUGAGAAUUGGUUCAGACUGAAAUUGGCUCUAGAUUUCCCUAUAAAGGUUCUGGGCUAUGUGUGUUGCCUAAUUAUUGAGUAAUUAGCUGACACAGGCUGGUGCUGGUAUUCCUCACACCUGUGGUCUGUUGGAGUUAGGGCAGCGAAAUAGCUGCUUGAAGAGUGCCUGAAGUGUUGAAUGAACCUGGAAAGGUCAGGAAACCUCUAAGUGCUCCUGCUAAGGUAAAGAGAGGUGCUGUUGGAUACUCAGAUCUACAGAGCACAGGGAGGGGCAGAGAUAAAGGUUUUGAGCUACUGCUUUUUGAGAUGAGGAUUGCAUUUAAAAUUCUGUUGCAACAGAUCUGAAGGCAGGGUUACAUAUAUUAACUGAUGGGCCAACACUUCAGUGAUGAUUUUUGAAAGGUAAAGCAGCCCAAUUACUUCAUGUGAGUGAGUAGGAGGAGUGAGAUCUUAUCUCUCCAAAACAUAUCAAGGGCAUGUGGAGUUGUUUUAGUGCAGUUUCUCAAUAGUCUUUUGAAAGCAGAAGCCCUCCUUUGUAUAUGUCAUAAUCAGGAUAGUGUCUUAAGCAAAAAUGUAAUCCUUCACCCCUCCACCUAGUGUGAUCUCCCUCUCCAGUGACUGAAAGAAUAUUGUAGAGUUUUGAAGAAUACGUGUUUUGAAGGUGUGGUACACAAACGCAUGAAAAUAAAAUGCCAACAUAUUAAUCA